AUGAGCACCGAUAGGCCAGCUUAUAACAAAUUGAAAAAUGAAUUCCUGAUAGAGACCAGGAAUCACAAAAGGGCCGCAUGGAAGUGCUUUGCGGGAGACCUCAAUGAGAACCCGUGGGGCAAAGCUUUCUCAUGGGCAAAACAAGGUAACUCAUGCAAUUCUAUGCCCAGCUCCCUUUCUGAUGCGGAUGGUUCUCAAACCACAAACUGCCGCGAAACAGCUGACUUGGUGUUCAGCACAUUUGUUCCUCCGGACCCGCAUGGGAAAAUACCCGAAUCUCAUGGUCUGAUUCAGCAUAAGGACGAACUCAGCCCGGACAUUAUAAAAAAUGCCAUUUGGAAGAUGAGGACGAAUAGCGCUCCCGGGUCUGAUGGCAUCACAGCAGGCAUUCUCAGGAAAGCGUGGAUGCCACUUAGGGACAUCAUCACGAACCUCUUUCAGAACUGCCUUCAGAACGGGACCUUCCCGGAGUGCUGGAAGGCAGCGAGACUAAUAAUAAUACCAAAACCCGGUAAGGAAAACUUGGGCGAGGUGAAGUCCUACCGUCCUAUUAGUCUCCUGCCUGUCCUGGGGAAAGCACUCGAGUCUGUUAUAAUAAGCGAACUGUCGCGCGAGACACGCCUCGACUCUUACAGCGAGCAGCACGGAUUCACGAUGGGCAGAUCCACCAUCAGUGCGAUCGAAAACGUUUACAGCUGGGUCGAUGCGUCCAGCGCAAGACACAUAUUUGGCGUCUUUUUAGACAUAACUGGCGCAUUCGACAACGUACAAUGGUCGCCACUCCUAAGACAACUCGAUCACCUUGGUGCAUCUGUUGGGACGCAGAGAAUAGUAAGCUCUUACCUGAAAAACAGAUCCGCUGAGUUCGUUCUAGAGGGCAGGAGAUACAGCAGGACGCUCGAACGGGGUUGCCCUCAGGGUUCUCAACUCGGGCCGACGCUAUGGAAGGUCGCUAUGACCCCGAUCUUCGAGUUGAUUAAGGAAUCUUGA